AUGGUGGGUCACAGACAUGCGAGCCAUGGUGGGUCACAGACAUGCGAGCCAUGGUGGGUCACAGAUAUGCGAGCCACAGUGGGCAGGGCCUGGGGCGUGGAGCUGGGCUUGGGGCUGGGGACUGGCUCGGACUUGGGGCUGGGGACUGGCUCGGGCUUGGGGCUGGGGACUGGCUCGGACUUGGGGCUGGGGACUGGCUCGGACUUGGGGCUGGGGACUGGCUCGGACUUGGGGCUGGGGCAGGGGUUGAGGAUGGAGGUGGUGUUGGUGCUGCUGGGCAGCGAGCGCGUGCUGUGUGACGAGAUAUUCGACUCCCUCGAACCCGACAGAGAGCUCUGCUACCUCUCCCUCAUUCAGGCGAGUGGGCUGGCAGCAACGGUGGAGGCGGUGGUGAGCAACGGGCGGGUGGUGGCGUCGGGGCGCAACACACCGGAGCGCCUCUUUGCGCUGCUCGACAUGUUCACCACCGGCCGCGAGCUGCGCGCCCAGAUCGAGGCGGUGGUGUCGGUGCCGGGGUUUGGCAGUGUGCUGCGCGAGAUGGAGCGGCUGCCGCGCGACCUGGCGGGUGCGGUGAUGGACACCAUCGGCGAGUUCAAACGCGUGCUCGAGGAGCCGCCCGCGCACCACCAGGCGCACAGCCAGGACAAGAAGAAAGGCAUGCUGAAGCCGUUCCUGCGCAGUGCGAGUGCGAGCAGUGGGGCGGACACGGGGCCCGUGGAGGAGAUGGAGGUCGCGACGGCCGCCACACACCCCCUCACCUCCUACGUCGUCAACUACAUGAACAAUCUCCUCGAUAAGCAGAGCAAGCGCAACUACCCGGUGACGUUGGAGUAUCUGCUGCUGGAGUACGGCCGCAGCAUCACGUCCACCGGCGCCGACGCCACGGCAGCGGCGCUCAUAACGCGCAGCGGCCCGCAGUACAAGACGCCCUUCAGCGGCGCCGCUGUGGAGCGGCGGUCGGGCGCGGUGGGGCCAGCAGCGCUGGGGCAGCGCGCAGCCACCCUGGCGGGCGUGGUGUCGUCGGUGCUGGAGUCGCUGCUGCGCUGCCUGGAGAGCCGCGCCAAGGCCGCCUCCGACCCCACCCAGGGCGCGCUCUUCCUCCUCAACAAUGCCCUCUACAUCUCCAAAAACCUGUCGGAUGGCAAGCUGUCAGCUGUGGCGGAUCUACCGGACUGGAAGGACGGGCAGAUGCUGGACAAGUACAUGAUCCACUUCAGAGACGCUGUGCUCGCCCGGAUAUCGCACGCACUGGAGGAGACAGCAGUCACGGGGGGGCUGCUCAAGUCGGUCAAUGAGCACACGGAGGUCAAGGCCAAGCUGAAGAAGUUCAACGCGGCGUUUGAGGAGCUGGCGAUAAAGCAGGCGGGGUGGAACAUCCCCGAUGAGGACCGCCGCAAGAAGACUCGCAGCAGCGUUGCUCGGCGCCUGCGAGAAAUCUACUCUGCAUUCCUGCUGCCCUACAGGGAGGAGCUGUGUGAGUUCAAGACGUACCGCUAUUCACCGGACGCCAUAGAGCGCGUCGUGCUCGACUACUUCUUCCUCGCCACUCCCUCCAGAGGCCUCCCCAUCUCCUUUGGCUAG